GCGGGAUGUACGUACAGCGUAACAAGCAAACAAACAAGAGUACGGAAUUGUGCAACGCGCGUGAGCGUUAUUUGGGGAUCAUAUUGCUGCUCGGUUUGAAGAAUGGUAUGUUGGCAGAUAUUGGGUGAUUUAGGGGCAUCACAUUCACAUGGGGAGAGAACCCCCAUCCAACAACACGCUCCAUUCAGUGGAUAAUUCCUGCAAUGAAGAGUGUGCUGUGCUGUGAUAAUAAUGGUGGGGUCUCUUAUCAAAGUUUUCAUUGAUGGAAACAACACAGAAUCUCGGUUCGAUUUAUUCGCCAAUUCGCUAAAAUGGAUGUGGUCUGUAUCACCUGAUCAAUCAAGUUUCGCGCCUUGUCGCGUCGCUGGCACCAUAAAGCCUUGCAUGUGGACGCGUCGAAACAUCACUAAAUGGUGCGUCUCUCCGCAACUCGCUGCGGCCGCCAGAUCUCACGACUACAACUACAGACUGCUAUUUACCAUAUAUCACAACCAGCAUGAUUCAGUACGAUAGAUCUCGCAUGGACCCUAAACGUCGGGCUCCAAUUGACUAUAAAAAGAAGCAGUUCGCAGCUCCAACAUACAGGGAGCACGAUUAUGCCCACCGCCUCAAUUUCUAUGAAAUCCCCCCAACUCAAGAAAUCACUCUCGAGCAAUUUGAACAAUGGGCUAUUGAUAGGUUAAGAGUCCUCGCUGAGCUGGAAGCAUGUUCCUAUAGAAACAAAACCCCCGCCGAAACCGCCGCCCAUAUUACCCCUCUCCUCAACAAAUUCCUCCCUCUCUCAGCCAAUACGUCCUCUAGCACGGGUGUUGACCAACGCCUACGAAAUGAACGACAAAAGGACCAUUACUCCCACUUCAUCCUGCGUCUCGCAUUCUCCUCAACAGAGGAUCUGAGACGUCGCUUUGCCCGCCUCGAAACCAUGCUUUUUAAGUUCCGCUUCCAAAUGGACGACUCCAAAGAGAGACGUGCGUUCAUCGAGAGUCUCAAUUUCAAUUGGGAUAUGGUUUCGGAUGAGGAAAAGCAUCAACUUGGGGAUAGCUUGCUAGCAUGCACGUAUGGUGUCAGGCGUCUUGAGGAUGAGAGCUGGUUUAAGGUGGACUGGGAGAGGGUGCCAGAGCUGGUUGAGCGGAGGGGGGUGUUUAUGAAGAAGGGUAAGGCCUAUGUGCCCGUGCGAGAGCAGCUUAGUAUGAUUCUAGCGGAAUUUACGGCACGGCUAGAGAAGGCCCUUGAGUUUACAAGCCGAGCGUUGCCCCGGCUAGAUGAGGACGAUCGCCUGACGCCCAUUCUAGAUCAUCUCUCGAAAAAUUUCGGCACCUCUGAUUCCAGCUACGCCGAGGGUGAGGGCUCCGUGCCUGGAGCGCCGAUUACAGCGGCAUCCAUUGAUGCUCUAUCCCAACACUUUCCACCUUGCAUGCGUAAUCUACACAUGCAGCUACGCAAAAAUUCUCACCUAAAGCAUUUUGGCCGAUUGCAGUACACCCUUUUCCUAAAGGGCAUCGGCCUGUCACUCCAGGACGCGCUGAUAUUCUGGCGACAAUCCUUCAAGAUAUUCACUGAUGACGAGUUCAGCUCCAAGUAUAAGUACAAUGUCCGCCACGCGUACGGUGACGUGGGAGGGGAUGUCAACCGCAGGGGUCGUGGAUAUCCACCUUACUCCUGCCAGAAGAUUCUCACAGAUAAUUCACCAGGCGCCGGCCAAACACACGGCUGUCCCUACCGGCAUUUCUCCGUCGAGAACCUCAUUAGCUUACUCCAAGCGACGGGCGUUAACGAUAAGGAAGUUCUGCGUGGGGUGCGGGAGGACGUGGGCAAGACUCGCUAUCACCUUGCAUGUAAUCGUGUGUUUGAGUGGGUGCAUAGAGCGGAGAUUAAACAGGUGCGCGAUGAGGGGAGUUGGAGCCAGACCGAUCUUGAUACGAUUGUUCAUCCCAACACGUAUUUCAAGCGUAGUUAUCUGCUGAAGAAUUUGGGGAAGAUUGCGAAGGCAGAUGUGGAGAUGACGUUGUGAUUUUGGCGGCUUGGAAACCCCGCCUGGGAGAAACGGUAUACACAAUUUCGUAAUUCAUCAUUAUGACUGGCGUUGGAAUGAUCGUAUUUCUGGGGCGUUUCUUCAUUAUGAAAGUAUUAAUGUACCCACGAGCAGAUUUUCUUAUCUUUUUCUCAAUGACUAAAUUGGUAUUUUUAAUUUUUUCAAAACACAACUCGAAGCUUAAGUGUAGCAUCUUCAUUCCCAAGGAGCAUUAAGGUAGAAAGAGAAAAAUACAUAACUACCUAGGUAUCAGUCAAAUGAAGAAUAUGUUACCGCUGCUGAUUCCCGAUUCAUCCUAAAGCAUCAGAAUGAGCUCUCAAAGACAGGUGCCCAGCCAUGGGUAAAAAAUAAAUUAAUAUUUAAUCGCUCUCCGCACGACGCGAAAACAGCAAC